AUGCGGUCUCGGGGUAUCUUUUUCGCUCUCUUGUUGAGUGCUUCUUCUGCGUUAGCAAGUCCAGUAGCCCAGGAUGGCCCAAAGCCUGUGGUUGCUAUGCCUAGCCCCCCAACGCAGCCUGAUCUUCCCAAGUGGCAUGGUCCGGUUCCUGACGAUUCUAACAAAGAGAAGAACUGCACGCCAUGGGAGCUAUGCAGCAAGAACAACUUCAGCACCUUUUCGCGAGUCUGUGUUUCCCCCGGAAACCCCGGCAAAAUCACCGGUCAAGUGAGGGAUAUAAAGUACGGCGACGGCCAUACGGGAGCAUGGACGAAAUUCGACCCAAAGCUCGGCCACUUCCCCGUUGUCUUUACAGUCUCAGUCAACGGUGUGGGAAUCACGAUGGCGGGCAAAGGCACCACGGAUCCCUUGUCUGUUGAGGCACCUUCACCACAGCCAAUUGGAGCCGGCUCAACAGUCAAUCUCCAGUACACUCUCUCCGGGGGCCAAUACGGACAAGAGGCAAAUACCGUACCUGAGGCCAGUUGCUUUUUCAAACUUAGACAUCUUAUCGCUUAG